AUGAGUGAUAACUCGCCUUCAUCGUCAACUGAUGAAUCAAUAAAUCCAAAAAUUUCUUCAAAUACCGGUAAACAUAUUUAUUUUGAUGAAGAACAUGAUGAUAAUGAAAAUUUAACAACACAAAAAAUAAUUGAACGUCCAACACCAUCAACAAUUCGUUUUGAUAGUAGUGAUUUAAUAACACGUUGUAAAGAUUUUCUUCCAUUAUUAUCAGAUACAAAUCAAAAUUCAACAAAUAAAAAUGAAAAUAUUUCUUUAGAAAAAGAUGAUGAAUUAAAUUUUCCAGAUAUUGAUGAUAAUACAUUAUCAGAAAAAAGUUCAAAAGAAAGUGGUGAAGCUUCAACAACAACAACAACAACUGAUAGUGAAAAACAAAAUGAAAUAAUUAAGAAAAAACGUAAAAAGAAAAAAAAGAAAAAGAAAAAAAAAGUUAAAUUAAAUGAUGAUUUAAAUCAAGAUAAUCAUGUUAACACUUAA